GCAACCUUUGGACAACAUCGUUUUUUAGCAUCCAAACCAUGUUGGAACCUCAACUUAGGACGCGAUGAAAAUACUCUUAACUCUCUGCGGCGUGGCCGCCGCAGAAAUAGUGGUGCAACCAUCAAUAUGCAUCGACCCACCACCCCAAUCGAGUAACUCCUCCCUCGACGCCGUCGUCGCGCGCGCGUUGAAAACGCUCGCCGCGCCGUCAAUAUCAUGGCAAAGUUUCAUGCGCGGCGCCACGCUCGCGGACCGAGCCGUCUCGGUCGUCCGCGUCCGCGACGCGCCCGGGCCGCCGGCGUCGACGCUUAGCGUACACGUACCACCACCUCUACGGGCUGCACAUCGCCGCGUUGCGGUUCUUCACGGUGUUCGGGCCGCGCGGCCGGCCGGACAUGGCUCCGUUAAAAUUUGUGGACAAGAUAUCGCGCGGUCUACCGAUCCAGCAGUUCGGCGACGGUACUUCCAGUAGAGACUAUACGUACGUGGACGACGUGGUGCAAGGCAUUAUCCUCGCGUUAGAUACCCCGGCGGGCUACCAGAUCUACAACCUCGGCAACGGCUCGCCGACGAAGCUGACUGAUUUUAUAUCGUUAGUAGAAAAGGAGACCGGCAAGAAAGCUUCGAUUGAAUUACUACCGAACCAACCAGGAGAUGUCCCGAGAACGUGCGCCGACAUCGCCAAGGCCAGAAGCAUGCUCGGCUACGACCCGAAAACUCCACUCGCCGACGGCAUCCGCAAGCUAGUCGAGUGGUACCGCGACUCGCAAGUCCGUAGACCCGCGCUCGUCAGAACGGUCACGCCAGAUGAUCCCUUGCACGACCUUCGUGAUCUAAAACCAGCUGUGCUUCGCUGUGGUCUCGCAUCGACGUCAGACCGACCGGCGUGGACGCGUCCCGCACGGCAAGUAGAUCCUUGAUCAAUGCAUCGGUUCGACCGCGGCGCCCAGCGCCGCCCGCUGAGCAAGCAAUUCCUCGUCCCUUCGCGGAGAAUAUAUCCCUUCCCCCUAGAUACACCCGAAUCCCUAUCAGAGAUACAAACAGCGUAAUAAUGAG